AUGGCACCACCACUGAUACCUUCCCCUCAGUCUACAAUGAUCAACCAAACUCACCUUGAGUUCACAGACCCCUGGUCUCUGCGCGAGGAUCGCCAGGCUGGCAUCUUCGCCUGGGUCAUCAUGGGUCUGAUGUUUGGCUUCUUUAUCGGCAUUGUUGUGCGGGACAUGGUGCAGAAGUCACGCACCGGAGAGCUCCAAGAUGAGAGGUUAACCUUUAUCACGCUCAUCAAACACUUGAUCAACCUACCCUGCAUCCUCUGCACCAAGGACAACUACAUGCCCGUGUGGUACUCCUUUACCAACAUCUUCCGGUCCCCAAAGAACCAACGUUACUGGAAGACAAAGGAAGAAGAAGAAAAGGAGGUAGCCAGAGGUCCGUUCGACAGCCGAGCUGUUGUCGCACGACUAGGCGGCGGUUGGCCCCUCAAGAAGUCCAGUUCAGACCUUGAAAGCGGCAGCCAGGACACGGAGAUCGGGAUGCAGUUUCUCCCUAAAGUCACCGAUCUCCCCGCGGCAGGUACUGGACUACCCAAGAUCGAGAAGCUUUCUGUCGUCUUUGAGGUUCCCGAGAUCUUGCCAUCAAACACGGACCAAAACGACGAUGGUUUCCAACCUGCUUCUGUCCAUGGUUCUGGUUCGGGUCCUGAUAGCCUCUCUAAACUGACGACCAUUUUUAACUUCCCGUACGUCAAGGACCAGAACAAGAGUCCAACUGCCGUCAAGAAGGGCAAGGGCAGGCUGAGCGAGGGCCAGGAGGACAUAUGUGUCAAGGAAUACAUGUUUGAAAUCAGUGAGAAGGAGGCCGAUGGAGGGGAGUCGACAAGUCCCAAGGAUCAUGGGGACUCGAGCACCAAGAAAGCUGGUGAAUCCAGUCGCCAAAGAUGA